UGCUGGAUGGCAACAUUAGAUUCAGUCCAGCGUCAAAUGAGCGAAAAAUGUGCCCCUAUCUGGUUUCAUCUUUCUAGAAUUCUUCUUACUACUAACGAUGGGCACCAUUUGUCAGAUAAAGAUUCAUCAAUCCUAGCUGAUAUAUUGACUCAAUUCGAGAGUUCGCCCUCCAAUCAAGCAAAAUCUUCCGUACCAGUUAAAAAAAAUGAGGUUUCGGAGACCCUCAAACAGGCCUCUGCUAUUUUAGAGUUGCUGCAGGCCGGACCGGUAGGAGAGUUUCCAUCUAGAUUGCGCCUCUUGGCUUAUUUUAGAGAUGCAAUUGCCGUAUGGCCAAAUACGCCAGAUCAUGUUCGGAAAGUAGGUCAUCGUAUGGUCUCCAACAUCGUUUGGUUCUACAGUCAGUUUUUGUCACCAGUUUCCCGAUAUAUUAAAGAAGCACGUCUUCCAAUUCAACGCGAGAUGAGCCAGUUUGUUCGCCUGAUGCGCUGGGGUGAUUAUGCCAAUUUUUGGGCUAUUAAGGCCAAUGUAAACAGAGCAAAGAAGACCAUGCAUAAACUGACUAAGUCAUGGGAGACCAUUCUUCAGCGUCCCGUAGGCCCAAUUUUCGAUGAUGUCAUGCUACGGUCAGACCAGAUCUGGUGGCAAAAGUCAGAGGAUUAUCUCUCUUCUUCCCUUGGACCCCUUCCCAAAAACGAAGUGAAGAGAGCGUUUGUUGACGAAUCGUUUCCGUUGACUUGUGAUGACGAUCAGGACGCUUUGGAUAUAAAAAUGAAAACACAGGAACCUCUAUAUUGCUGCAAAUGGACUCCUGGAUUUGGCUUACCUGAAAAAAUUCAUAUCGAGUUAACCAAUGCUGGGAUGAUCAGCGAACAUAUUGCUGGUUUACUGGCAUCGCUGAAAGACCAGGGUCAAGACCGAAUUCGUCUGCCUCAGAUAUUCCGUUGCAUGUCCAGACACACUCUACGCUUGUCUCCGUUUACUUCUUCAUCUGAGCAACCUGCUUUAUCUUUCUCUCGUCCUCCGCCUCUCGUCACGUGGGCGCUCCAGGUUGAGUCUGGUUUGUGUCUUUGGCGUAAUACAGUAGCCGACUUGGCGCGGUCCACUCGUCUACUUGAUCUUCGAGGCUCUCGAUUCCCUGCCCGCCUUCUGCACAGUGUUAUUUCAGGCUCAUAUAAGGGUCAAACCAAAAUUCAGGCUGAGGUCGAAGAUGAGAACUUCACUAAGGCUACAGUAAAGGCAUGGCAAGCUGAAGUGACAGCAUUACAGCAGCGCAAACGUAUGGCUCUUACAGAUUGCUGCAAACGGCUUGCCAGUGUGGAAUCCGGUGUUGUUCCGUUUUUAAAAAAGUUCGGAAAAAUACAGGAUUUGCCUUUAGACAAACUGGUUGCUCAGCCUUAG